AUGUCUUCAUUUGAUACCCUCAAAAAGUACCUUCCAUGGAUUCAAUCGCCUCUAAUAGCAAACGCUCCUAUGAGUGGUAUCGCCAAAAGCAACCUCGCCACGGCUGUGACCCGCGCCGGCGGCCUCGGCCAAAUUGGCUUCAUGGAUAGCCUCCAAGACCUCUCCAAAGAGCUUGAGACCGCAAAAGAAGCACUAGCGGAUCUUGAAUCACAAACAUUACCAAUUGGUCUUGGUGUUAUAGUCUUCGGAUCACCCAUAGACGCCUGGAUGACUCUGUUCGCAAAAUACAAACCGGCAGUCGCGUGGCUAUCCUUCGCUAGUGCCGACGAGCUUCAAAUAUGGACAGAAGAGAUCCGGCGCUCUUCGCCGCAGACUCGUGUUUGGAUCCAGCUGGGGAGUGUGCAAGCUGCUGUAGAAGUUGCGCGAGCGUGUCGGCCGGAUGCGCUCGUCUUGCAAGGGAUUGACGCUGGAGGCCAUGGACACGAGGACGGGGCUAGUAUUGUUUCACUAGUUCCCGAGAUAGCGGACAAGCUUUCCGCGCUUGGUUUCACCAUUCCUCUUAUUGCCGCUGGUGGGAUUGUCGAUGGGAGGGGUUGCGCUGCGGCGUUGACUCUCGGCGCUUCGGGGGCGAUUAUGGGAACACGGUUCCUAGCUGCAGAAGAAACUGCCAUCCCUACUUUCUAUCUCAACGCAAUACUUGAAGCGUCUGAUGGAGGACAGGUGACCGCGAGAUCGAGGGUAUUCGAUGAGAUCUGGGGCCCGAACUUUUGGCCGGAAACUUAUGAUGGAAGGUGUUUGAAAAACACAGUAUAUGAAAAGUAUAAGGCGGGGGGUAGUAUCAAGGAGAUUAGGUCUUGGCUUUCGACAAGGAUGAAUGACCCCGCUGCGGCUCUGCAUGUCAAGGAUAUGGGGAGUGUUUGGGCUGGGACCGGCGUGGGCUUGGUUACAAAGCAGGGGACGGCGGCAAAUAUUAUGCAGGAGGUUAGAGACGAUACACGAAAACACCUGAAUCGAGCGCGUCUCUCGUUGUGA